AUAGUAUAAGAAAUUUUUUUCGAAAAAGUUGUUUGUAAAAUAAUUACAAAACAUAAUUAGUGGUGAGAAUAAAUCUAUAUAUAAGGUAACAAAGGUGAAGGGGUGUGUCUAUAUAUGUUGGAUGAUUAGUUUCUGCCAUGUGCUAUGGAAUCAACCUCUUAUGCUUUAUGUUCUGUUUAGCUCCUACCUUAUACUAUAGCUUUAAUUAUUCAUCAAUAAUUCCAUUCCUCCUUCAUCUUUUUAUAUACUAGUGUUUCAUAUAAAUACUCGCUCUCUCUACCCAUUCCCUCCAUAACAUAUCUCUUUUCUUCGUUUCAUUUGUAACCAUAUCGUCGUAUAACCACAGAUUCUAAAACAUGGGUGAAGAAGUAAAACCAGAGGCAAAGGAGGCAGUCUCUGCUCCAGAGGCCGUCCCCGCGGAGGAGAAGGAGAAGAAGAAAGAUGUGGCGGAGGAGAAAAAAGUGGCGGCUGAGGAGGAGAAACCAACCGAGGAGGAGGAGCCGCAACCACCACCACCGCCUCCACCCUUCAUACUCUACGUCGACUUGCAUUGUGUUGGAUGCGCUAAGAAGAUUGAAAGAUCUAUUCUAAAAAUUAGAGGUGUGGAAGAAGUGGUGAUGGAUAUGAAUGAGAACCAAGUGACGAUAAAAGGAGUGUUGGAUCCGCAAGCAGUGUGCAACAAAAUCAAGAAGAAGACUAAAAGAAUGGCCAAAGUCCUCUCUCCGCUUCCGGCAGCCGAGGGAGAGCCUCUGCCACCGAUCAUAACCUCUCAGGUCUCCGGCGGUCUCACCACCGUCGAGCUCAACGUCAACAUGCACUGCGAAGCUUGUGCUGACCAGCUCAAGAAGAAGAUUCUCAAAAUGAGAGGGGUCCAAACAACUGUGACGGAGCACACCACUGGAAAAGUAAUAGUGACUGGAACAAUGGACGCCGAGAAGCUUGUGGAUUACGUCUACCGUCGGACCAAAAAGCAAGCCCGAAUUGUACCCCAACCUGACCCGGAACCUGAAAACCCGGCCGCGGAGGAAGAGAAGAAGGAGGAGAAUGGUGAUGGCGAUGAAAAACCGCCAGAAACCGGAGAGGAUAAGGAAGAAGAGAAGAAGAAGGAGGGAGAGGAAAAUAGAGAGGAAGGUGGUGGAGAAGACGCGGCGGAUACGGAGGAAGAGAGAAGAGACGAUGAAAUGGCGGCGAUGGCGGAAGUGGAAGGGAUGAAGAGGAUGAUGUAUUACUAUCAGCCUUCAUACGUCAUAGAGAGGAUUCCUCCGCCGCAGCUUUUUAGCGACGAGAACCCUAAUGCAUGUUGCAUUUCUUAAUUAAUUUGGUUUUCGUAUAUGUCUUUGGAAAAUAUAUAAUUAGGGGAAUUAAUUAGGUAAGAAAAUGAAGAAAAAGAAAAGAAAGAAAAUAGGUAAAGAACUUGUAAACUAUUUAUUUUUUAUAUAAAUUGUGUGUUUGGUAUUUAUUGAUGGAUACGUUACGCUUUGGUAUAUACGUAAUGGCAACUAUAACAACGAUCGA